CACUGCGUCGCUGCGACUUCCUACCUCCUUUUUGGCCGCGGUAUGGCUUCAAACAUGGAAGCGCAGUCAUCUUCGGUCGAUCAACCCACUUUGAUCCCGGAAUUCAACAAUAACGCGGAGCUUCACGACCGCUACAUUUACGCACUUGCCUCCACUUCCUCUUCCAUCAUUAGUAGCGGCAAGGGCGGUUCCAUACAGAUGUGGUCAAAAUCCACCCUCCAGCCUCUCUGCAACCCGUUAUCUUAUCAUCAAGGCACAGUUACCGCACUCGGUGUCUCAGAGACCGCGGGCCUGGUAUUCAGCGGCGAUACCAAGGGUCAUCUGGCGGUUUGGAGCCUCGCAUCCGGCCAGCUGAUCCAGGGGAUAGCGCAAGCGCAUGACGAUACGGUGUUGAAGCUCGCGGUUAGCGGAGACGGGGAAUAUAUCUUGAGUACAAGUCGGGAUCGCAGCGUCAAAGUGUGGCACCGGAACGCAGGAGCCUCGGACAGGCGCAUCGAGUUUGAGCUAAAAGCCGAGCUGGCCGGCCAUCAGGGCGCGGUGCUGUCAGCCCUGGUAACGAGCGACUGCAAGCGCGCUGUAUCCAUAUCGGGAGACAAGGUACUCAAGAUCUGGAACCUGGAGACGAGUCAGACGGAGAAGACGUUUCGCCUCGCCAGCGGAGUGGGCAAGCUUCAGUUCAUUGAGGGCGAACGCAAGAUGCUGGCCGCUUGCUCCGAUAGUAGAGUCCGGAUCUACAGCCUUGAGAAUGGAGAGGAGGAAGCUUGUUUGAAUGGACACACCAACGUGGUGAAAGCUGCGCACAUGAUACCGGGAAUAAAUACGCGAGCUUCUGGAGAGACGAUAAUCUCUGCUUCCUACGACGGUACGGUGCGAAUGUGGAAGAGGGGCGGGGAGGGUCAGGGGAAAUGGCGUACAGUCCGGAUUCUUUCCUUCAAACAUGCUAUAGGCGAGCCAGACUUCAAUCCUCAGAGCGGCCGCAUUUUCGAUAUGGUUGUUGAUGAGAAGGAGGAGUAUGUGUACGCUUGUGGACAAUCCAGUAGAAUUGUACGGUGGCAUCUAUAGUAAAGUCUUUAUAUUAGAACAGCUUAAGGAGUCGUACGAGUCGUACUGGCGAAUCAUGAGUUAGUCUCAUUACAUUACAUAUAAUUCAGUUCCAGCUU